AUGCCCACCACCGUCAACGCCCUCCGCGCCUUUGAGCCUCCCCCCGUCCCUCCAUUCGCCGAAUUCGAGCGCCGCCGCUCCACGGCCUCUUCCAUGUCCAACAGCAACAGCAGCGGCGGCCUUCAAUCCCCGCCUCCUCCCAAGACGAGAUCGGGUGGCAGACCCCGGAGCGCGAAGUUCUCGGCGUACCGUCUGCGCAGCAACUCGGGCCUCUCUCUGCACACAAACGAGGACAUUCUGCGCCAGUACACGGACUACUACCCUGAUGGCUCCCCGCGCAGCGCCGGUCUGUAUGGCAGCGGGCAGCAGUGGUCCGGCGAGAGGCUGAGGAGCAUCGACUCGAUAGCUUCGAGCCAGCGGUCCAGCAUUGCGUUUACGGAUUCGGAUGGGUCUGGCGAUCUGCCGAUUCCUGACCUUGUCGGGCGGGACAUGUUUGACCAGGUCAUGAGUGAUCCGGCUGCUAGUAGUCAGCUGUGGAAGUUUGCCGCGAGUCGGGGAGUUGGACAGAAUGUCGACUACCUCAUGAAGAUCCGCGAUUACAUCCACUCACUGGAGCAGGUCGUCAUCCAGCUCUCGACGAUAUCAACCUCUUACACGUCCAUCACAGCCACAUCGCCCAUCAACCUCCCGCCCCCGAUAUCCCGGGCCCUCAACACAAACAUCAAGCACCUGACAACCUCUCUCAUCCCGAGCCUGGAAAACAUGUUUCUCGAGUCCAAGGCCUACGUCGAGCAGCGCAUCGUGAGGGAGAUCUUUCCCGACUUUGUGAAGCAGCAGCUCUCCCAGUGCACCAGCCUCGCUCUCUCCCUCGACGUGGAAGGUGAUUCGCCGCCGAACCCGUACCCCGGUCUCAAGGGUUCGUUCUGUCUCAGUGAUCCCUCGCGGUCGGGGAAUCCUAUUGCUUUUGCGUCGGAUGAGUUUGAGGAUCUUACGGGCUACUCGCGCAGCGAGGUGCUCUCGCACAACUGCCGCUUCCUGCAGGGUCCGCAGACGGAUCGCGAGACCAUCUCGAGGAUGCGCUCGGCGAUAUGGCGCAGUGAGGAGUGCACCGAGCUUAUUCUCAAUUUUCGAAAAGACGGCACGCCAUUCUGGAACCUACUCUUCCUCUGCCCUCUCGUCGACACUGCUGGAAAGCUCAAGUUCUACCUAGGCGCUCAAAUCGACGUUUCUUCACCCAUUGAAGGCGCGGAUGAUCUUGUAAAGAUGCUCGGCUACGGCGCCGCAGAGGAGGACAAGGUAUCAACGGAUAGAAACAGCUCACGAUGGGGCGGUAGCGAUGGAUCUCAAUGCGACCCAGAGCCCGAGGACCCCAUCGGCAUGAAGCCCAUACAACUCAAGGCCCCCAAGAAGGGCGGUUUCUUCAAGUCGUUCAAGAAAGUACCCCCUCCGCCUCUAUCACCGCCCUCCAGCCCCCGCAGGAGCUCCGACAGACCACGAUCAUCCGCCGGCCCGAUAUUCGAAAAGACGUACAGCACACGGACAGUCCUCAAGCGCCUAUCAACACAGCCCGACAUGCUCAUGACGACCUACUCCCGCUACAUGAUUCUCGAACACGUCCCCUCGUAUCCAGCAUCACUCGGCGCAAUGCCCCUCGACCAGGAGAUGAAGUACCCUCCCAAACUGAGCAUAUCCUUCUUCUCCCCCGCCAUGGUCGAAGCCCUAGACCUCAACAUGUCUUCCGACGCCGUAGUAGGCAAGGACGUGUUCGACGUGCUAUCCGAGCAAUUAACGCUCCCGUCAGUGACGAAGGCCUUCAAGUCAACAGUAAGAGACCUCGUCGUGCGCGACGGAAAGUCAGUGUCUCUCGAUCUCGCCCUGGCAAACCACAUCCCGCGAAGAGCAAACAUGACGCGCGUCAUGAGCGGCGAAAGCGUCAGCGAGAAGAAGUCAAGCAAGAUGAUGAGCCACUGGACGCCGCUCAAGGAUGGCGAGGGCAAAGUCAAGUUUGUCGUCAUGGUUGUUUCGCCAAUCUAG